GAAUACGACAGCGAAAUGGAUUACAAGCGGAUAUUAUUUUUGUUCACCAUUGCGACGGCUCUGCUUUUGUGUAAUUUUGUAAGUGCCGAUGAAACGGAAACCGAAUUGAUUGAGGAGCAACCCAGUUCCGUGCAACUUCUGGAGGCUGGAGAAACUGCGCAGGCUGAUUCUGGAGAUGAGAGUGUGAGGAAGGUGCGCCAGUACUUUGGACCACCUCCGUUUGGUCCUCCACCACCACCCUUUUUCGGCCCCCCUCCACCACCGUACUAUGGCGGUGGUUUUGGUGGCGGUUUCGGCGGUGGAUUCCAGAGAACUCGAGUGGUCACCCGCACCCGUUACCGUGGACGCGGUGGCUACUACGGCGGUGGCUUCUAUGGUUAAUCAGCUGAACUGAAUUUCAUUGCCCAUCUUGUGAUACUUCUUUUGUACUGCCCCAUUGGGUGCAAUAAAAUUAUUUACCUUAUGCAAGUCCA